CCUGCCCUUGAGUCAUUUGUUGUUGUGUGCUUCUGACACAGGCGAGGAAGAUGGCGGACCCGCAGGUCGAUGUUGUCGAAGGCUGUAGACUUCCCGUCCUCAGAAAAAAUCAAGAGCACGAAGACGAAUGGCCCCUGGCAGAAAUCCUCAGUGUGAAAGAACUAACAGGGAGGAAGCUCUACUAUGUCCACUACAUCGACUUCAACAAGCGUCUGGAUGAAUGGGUGACCCCGGAGAGGCUGGACGUGAAGAAGCUGCAGUUUCCCAAAAAGGAAGCCAAGACCCCCACCAAAAAUGGCCUCUCCGGGUCGCGCCCCAGUUCUCCGGAGAGAGACCCUGUGAGGAAGAGUCUAGAUCUCAGCCUCCAAACUCCUACAGCUCCGUCCAGAGGCAAAACCGUCCCCACUCCGAAGAGGAAGGCAGAGUCUGUUUCCCUGGCAGCACAAGCAUCCCCGGCCACGCCCGUCCCGUCACUGCCAGGCGCCACGGAAACCACCCAGGCGUCUGUGUACCCAUCGGCGCGGGACACCAACACCUUCGCCCCGAGAUCCAACGCCCGUGAUGACCACGAGCAGCUCUCCUCCCUCACCACAAAUGGCACUGCCCGCCGCCCCAUGCCCUCCCAGCCAGGCAGGAAAAGGAAGGCCAAUUGUGUGGGUACUGAUGAGAUGAUUAAGGUCUUCCAGUAUAACAGCCCUCGAUGUGCCAGUGUCUAUCUGCCACCUGGAGAGGACUCUCAGGACAGCACAGACGGCAUCCCCUCCGCCCCUCGCAUGACGGGGAGCUUGGUGUCCGACCGCAGCCACGACGACAUCGUCACCCGCAUGAAGAACAUCGACUGCAUCGAGCUGGGCCGCCACCGGCUGAAGCCCUGGUACUUCUCGCCAUACCCCCAGGAGCUCACCACCUUGCCCAUCCUCUUCCUCUGCGAGUUCUGCCUCAAGUACCUCAAGAGCCUCAAAUGUCUGCAGAGGCAUCUGACGAAGUGCAACCUUCGCCACCCUCCGGGGAAUGAGAUCUAUCGCAAGGGGACCAUCUCCUUCUUUGAGAUAGACGGCAGGAAAAACAAGACAUACUCCCAGAACUUGUGUCUUCUGGCCAAAUGCUUCUUGGACCACAAGACUCUGUACUACGACACAGAUCCCUUCCUCUUCUACGUCAUGACAGAGUACGAUUCCAAAGGCUUUCACAUUGUGGGCUAUUUCUCGAAGGAAAAAGAGUCGACGGAAGAUUACAACGUGGCCUGCAUCCUGACACUGCCUCCCUAUCAGAGAAGAGGAUACGGCAAACUGUUGAUAGAAUUCAGCUACGAGCUGUCGAAAGUGGAGGGGAAGACGGGGACUCCUGAGAAGCCCCUGUCGGAUCUGGGGCUCUUAUCCUACCGUAGCUACUGGUCCCAGACCAUCCUGGAGAUCCUCAUGGACCUCAAGUCUGACAAUGGGGAACGGCCACAGAUCACCAUCAAUGAGAUCAGCGAAAUCACCAGCGUAAAGAAAGAGGAUGUCAUCUCCACCCUGCAAUAUCUCAACCUCAUCAACUAUUACAAGGGGCAGUACAUUCUGACGCUGUCGGAAGAUAUUGUGGAGGGACACGAGAGGGCCAUGCAGAAGCGCCACCUCCGUAUUGACCCAAAAUGUCUGCACUUCACCCCGAAGGACUGGAGCAAGAGGGGCAAGUGGUAGACCCCACUCCCCCAAACAACGCACGCAGCGUUCACCGGGGCAAGCACAAUCUUCCCAAUAAGCUACAGCAGAGUAGCCCUUUUUUUUUUUUUUUUUUUUACUUAUUUACAACCGAAACUCUUUUAGUAACUACCUGAAGUUGAAAUUGGGACGUUGUGAAGAAAGCCCCCCUGUGGUCACUCGGAUGUCAGAUCUGUAAACACUGUCACUGUCCUGUUUGACGAAAACUCAAGACUUGGUGACUUCUCAUGAAGGAGGAAAACAUGACCAGCUUUUCCUUUCAAUCUAAAGGAACCUUAGAUCAAUUCUUUCCCCAAUUCAGUGUGCUGCACAUUUGUGGAAAAUCAUUUAGUAUUACUAUAAACACAAUCAAGAAAGAUGGGGGUACUUUUAGCUCCAAAUGCACAACUCCACUUCUUUUUGUUAUUCCAGACAGUAAGAAUGGCAUAUCUGAACCCAAGUAAAAACUUGUAUUAUAGAUAGGGACCAUUUGUACAUAAUUGUUUUGUAAAGGAAUUUUAAAUGGUUAUUGUAUUUCUGUAUGACAAGUGUAUCAGGCAAAGCCUGACUUUUUAAAUAAGCCACAUUGAAUCGUUACAGGAAUGUACAUUUUGCGACUUGUACAGCUUUGUUUUUUUUAAGAUGAGGGAAAAGAAAACUGAAUGUUAA